UGAGGGCGCAGCGCCGGCUGGGAGACGUGGGGCCGGCGGCGGCCCGGCCCUCUGCCGCCGCCAGCGGAGGAAUCUUGGCCCCGCGCGGGGGGGGAUCGCUCUCUCUCGCUCGGGCCCCCGCGGAGGACAUCCCCGGGCUCGCCGGCGUCGCUGAGCGCCCCGUCCAGCCGGCACGCGAGCUCAGGAUACAGAACUUGGUUGGAGGAGGGGACGUCCUUUUGGAUUUUAUCCACGGCCUGCUAACUGCUACUUUCAGCCAUGGAGUCGAAAUCAAUGACUCAGGCACAGUAGAGGAAAACAAUUGGUACGUGGCCUUCCAGAGCCUUAGGAGCAUUGCAACCCAGUUAUCGACUCUCAUUCAGAAGCUCAUCGCACUGGAAAUAUUAUCUAAAGGUUUACUCUUGCAGUUUCGCCCUUUCAAAAUGCACAGCUUGCACAAUUCUAUCCCUACGAAACUAGACUUGCCAACGGGACCAGAGGUAUAUAAGCCAAAUGUUCCCCCAGGGGAUGGAGAGAGUGACUGGGAACCAGAAAACGAUGACCCAGGGACAGUAGAGGAGGAAGAGGAGCUCACUAUGGUGGUCCAUGCCCCAACAAUGCACAGACCCGCCAAUGUGAAAAGUCGGUGGCUGCCCCUGGAGAUGGAAUUCCUGUUCACUCUGCUCUGGAGGCAUUCCACGGAGAGAGAGAAAUACCAGGACAUGCUGCGUAUAUGGAGAGACAACGGUCUUCCCUCACGGACAUUCAACGCAUUCAAAAAGAAACUGGAAAGAGUGAGAUGUGACAUGGCUGGCACAGGAGUAACAACUAAGGUGCUCGAACCAGUGAAUGAAAGACUAAGUAGUGAGAAGUUUGGACUGAAAACAAAAAGAAAGGCUUCUGUCACAAGGCUGGGAAAAUACGACUUGGACUGCUUAGAGAUUGGUGGCUGGCUAAAUGAUCUAGUGAUAGAUCGUUACCUGGAACUGUUGUGUGAACGGUCAGAGAAGAACCAGCCAAAUUUACCCCUGGUGUUCAACAUGGGUGUCCAUUUCAUGCAAACCUACACACGUCAUGGCUAUGAUGCAGUAAAGACUUGGUUCCAAAACCACAAGGCGUGGCAGUGUGAGAUUAUAUUUUUCCCAUACUAUCAGUCCCAUCAUUGGACGCUCGCUGUUCUUGACCUCAAAUCUCAAACUUUAUCCCAUUUCAAUUCUCUUGGGAAAGGGAAAAAGGAAGCCUGCAAUGAGAUUAUUAGUUAUCUCACAACAAGGCACAAGGACACAACCAAGACUUGCUUGCUUCAGAGUGGAGCACAAGACUCUCCAAGGCCAGAAAGGAGUAUGGAAUGGUGUAUCUGGGGAAAGGUGAGACUGGCAGAAUAG